UGGAGCAAAUCAUGAGCGGCGCAGGAGACAUGACUUUUGACUGCACAGUCAAAAAGAACUUCAGCUUUGAGCUCUCAUGUAUCAUCACAUGUAAAGGAUGUGGAGCUGAGAAAACCAGGAUUGAGGAAUAUAAUCACCUCUCACUUGGUCUUGUGCCUCAGGGAUCCAUCAAAGAUUGCCUAAAUUUAUUUUUUAAGGAUGAAGAAGAAAUUGAGUGCAGAUGUGAGAUCUGCGAACACAGCUUUGCCAGCUGCAGGCGGGAGUUUAACACUCUGCCCAGGUUUCUGGUUCUGCAGUUAAAAAGAUUUAAACUUACCAAGGAUUUUACCCUGAAGAAACAGAAAGACAGGGUCCAAAUAAACCCCAAAAUAAAGCUGAGAAUGCCAGAACAGAGUGACCAUGCCCAGGAAGACGAUGGAAAACACCAUGACGUGGAUGCAGACCAAAAUGAAGACAGGAAAGUAGAGAAGAGAACAGAGAGACAUGAAGUGGAUCAAUAUGCCGGAUAUUCUUUAAUCAGCGCAUUGAAUCACACGGGAUCCAGCAUAUACUCGGGACAUUACAAGUGUGACUCCUUCAGCCAGCAAGACUCAGUCUGGCUGUCAUACAACGAUGAUUUAGUCACCAUACGGACGGAGGAGAGCGUCCUCAAAAAGAGGCAGAAAAGUGCUUAUGUCCUAGUUUAUGAAAUGACAUAAGCACUUAUACUUUAGCUUGUCUCCUUUUUCAGCCCGAGAGACUGAGCAGCCUUCCACCACUGGAGAUCAGAGCAAAGAUGUAUUCACAACUAGACGACAUUAGAUCCACAAACAGUCAUCCGGAACUGCUCAAAAAUUAUGGAUGUGGUGUUCAUCUGUACCAUACUUAAUUGGCCUAGAAAUGUAAACUAAGCAAUGUUUUUCUUUCAGCUGUUCCAGUGUUUAGUGGUCGUAACAGUGGAUCUGCUCCUCCUGGUGCAACCAUCCUAUAUCUAUCCAGGCUUGGGACCAGCACUGAGGGUGCUCUGACAAGUGCACCUCACAAAGGCUAUGCUGUAUCAGUCAUCACCAGCACUGAGAGUGCUCUGACAAGUGCACCUCACAAAGGCUAUGCUGUAUCAGUCAUCUCCUCCCACCUUGGACAUCAGCCAAUCAGAUCCCUGACCGGCCAUUAGCACUGCUAAGAUUCAAACCCUGGAUCCCCAGAUGUCAGCAUUAGUGGACUAGUGGACUUUACAGCUGUGUAACAACUAAACAUGUGGAAAUUAAUGUCAAUAAACUUUCAAUAAACUGGAA